CUGUCAUCAGUUGACAAAAUCUACUGAUAGAUCAUCUAACCUUAAAUUAUAUUUAUUUAAUUUUAAAAUGUUUAAAUCGCUUCUAAGUAAAUUAAGUCCUACCAAAUUAUCAUGUGGGUUCCAUACUACAGCUGCCCUAAGCGAAGUGAGACUACUAACACGGUUGCGAGUGGUAGACAACUCUGAAAUUGGAAAGAGAGCGAUGGCAGAGGGCAAACCACCCAAAGUUAUUUGUGUUUACAACAAAAAACGUGUUGGCUUUAUUGGUGACCGAGUCAUGGUAGCCAUAAAAGGACAAAAAAAGAAAGGCAUUCUUGUUGGUUUAAAACAGACACAAAAGGUUAGAGUUCCCAAAUUCGACAGCAACAACGUAGUUCUGAUUGACGACAAUGGUACCCCUCUGGGAACCCGGAUACACGUGCCAAUUCCCACUAUUCUCCGCACGAUCCUCAAGGAACGCACUCAUGCUAAAGGUGCAGACUAUACUAAACUGUUAGCAAUAGCCACAAGGUUUGUUUAGAUGUAGAUAGUUGUAGUAAGUAGUUUUAAUAAAGUUAUAUUGUUACAUUGUAU